GACUCCUUACUCGGGAGCCCUUCUCCACUUUAAAGGGCAACUUUGCUCUGCCCUGCACCGAGGCUUCCCUAGCCCUCCCCCAGCCCAGCCUGUGCAGUCCAGCGCCAGCUGAGAGGGAAGCGUGCAGAGAUGGAGGGCAAAGCGUUGCUUCUGGUAGUCCUGGGUUUGUGGUUCCAGAGCCUGGCCAUGCCCAGCGGAGGGGUGGCCGCUGCCGCCUCAAACAGAAGAAGAGGAAAUGAGGAUUUUGGAGAUAUUGAAAGCAAGUUUGCACUGAGGACCCCAGAAGAAAUCACAGAAGAUAGGUGCCACCUUGUUCCUGGGGACAUCAAUUCAGUGCGUGACUGUAACUUCAAUCAUAGCAGCAAAACCUUUGUGGUGAUUCAUGGAUGGACGGUGACAGGAAUGUAUGAGAGCUGGGUGCCCAAACUUGUGGGGGCUCUCUUCAAGAGGGAACCAGACUCCAAUGUCAUUGUAGUCGAUUGGCUGAUGAGAGCCCAGCAGCAUUAUCCAGUAUCUGCUGGCUACACAAAGCUGGUGGGACAAGAUGUCGCUAAAUUUAUCAACUGGCUGGCGGAGCAGUUCAACUACCCACUGGACAACGUUCAUCUCUUAGGAUACAGUCUUGGUGCCCAUGCUGCUGGCAUUGCAGGAAGUCUGACAAAUAAGAAGGUUAACAGAAUUACUGGCUUAGAUCCUGCUGGUCCUAAUUUUGAAUAUGCUGAAGCUACCAGUCGCCUUUCUCCAGAUGAUGCCUAUUUUGUAGAUGUAUUGCACACCUUCACUCGAGGAUCGCCUGGCCGAAGUAUCGGAAUCCAGAAGCCAGUGGGGCACGUUGACAUUUAUCCUAAUGGAGGCUUCUUUCAACCAGGAUGUAAUCUUUUUGAUGCUAUUAACCAAAUUGCAACAAAAGGCCUGGGAGAUAUGGAUCAGCUGGUGAAAUGCUCUCAUGAAAGAUCCAUUCAUCUCUUCAUUGACUCCCUACUGAAUGAAGAAAACCCAAGUAAGGCCUACCGCUGCAGUUCAAAGGAAGCCUUUGAUAAGGGGCUGUGCCUGAGCUGUCGGAAGAACCGUUGCAACAAUAUGGGCUAUGAGAUCAAUAAAGUGAGAGCCAAGAGAAGCAGCAAAAUGUACCUGAAAACCCGUUCUGAGAUGCCCUACAAAGUCUUCCACUAUCAGGUGAAGUUACAUUUUCUUGGGACUGAAAGUUUGACUCAAACCAAUCAGGUGUUGCUGCUCUCUCUGUAUGGCACCAUAGCAGAGAGUGAGGAAAUCUCUGUCCCCCUGCCUGAAAUGUCCACCAACCAGACUUACUCCUUCUUGAUUUACACGGAGAUAGACCUUGGAGAGCUACUCAUGGUGAAACUGCAGUGGAAAAGCGAUUCUUUCUUCAGCUGGUCUGACUGGUGGAGCAGCACUGGCUUUGGCAUCCAGAAAAUCAGAGUCAAAGCAGGAGAAACUCAGAAAAAGGUCGUCUUCUGUUCUAGAGAAAAAAUCUCCCAUUUGAAGAAAGGAAAGGAAUCUGUAGUAUUUGUGAAAUGCUAUGACAAAUCACUGAACAAAAAGGCUAUCUGAAACUGUACUAGCCUAAAGGAAGAAGAACUGUACUUAUUCUGCAAGGAAUGAAGCAAAUGAAGAAAGCCGGAUUUUAAACUAAGUCCUAAUGCUUUGGGUGUUUGGAAGUGGAUUCAUCCAAGUAUUUAUGAUGUCAGCUGUAUUAUUAUCAUUAGCUCUUUUUCCUUGUUAGUUAUUAGAAGAGACAGUCUCAGAACAUCCAAAAAACAUCCACCCCCAAACAAAAACCAAAAACAGUAUGUUUAAUUUGAGGAAUACGGUGGCCAAAUAGCACUUGAUCUUAGCUGAAAAAAGAGCCCAUAUUGUGAAAGACAUGAAAUCUGGACCACUGAGAUAAAAUAUGAAUUAUGCCCUACGGUACUAGUCUGUUGUAAAUUUUCCUUAUAUGACAUAUUUUGCUGUUUUCCAACAUGAACACGGAGUAGAACCAAGGGUUUCCUGUGGUUUGCUCACAGCCGAUUCAGACCCAUCUGUUUGCCUGACUAAAAGUCCCCCUGCCCCCACCUUAUUUGAAAGACUCUUGAAGGGACAUGACUCAUGAGACAACCAGGACUAAGUGAACAUAGAGAGAGAAUGACUAAGAAUGUUAAUUAAGAGAAUACUGUACCUUUGAAAACUUCUCACAUAUCCAUCUUCAGCCUGCACUCAAAGGACAUCUCAAAAAGUCUGAUUAGUUUAUUUUUUAUUGGGCUACUUGGUUUAUCUUGAACAAAAUAUAUACAAAAUAUAUAUGUGUGCAUAUAUAUGCAUAUAUAUGUAUCUCCAUGGAUAUAUAUUUGUCCAAAUUUUAUAUUUUAGCAUUAGACCAUAAAGUGAGUCAUUUUUGAAAAUAACCAGUGAAGCCUCUGAUGUCACCCAGAGCUUGAGUGUAGAAGGAAGAUGGCAAGAUUAUUAUGUUACCACCUUUUUUUUUUUUUUACAAAAGUGAAAUUAUUUAGAAUAUGAUGGUUUUGUCCAUUCUGAUGCUGAUUAGAGAGCAUUAGAUGAGAGCUAUUUUCCAAAAAUGCAUUGGGUCAAGCACAUCUCAAUCAGCAUUUUGGAAAUAAAUAAGAGCCUUAAUAAAGAUGAAUCACUCUUUGUUCCUUGGUUCCAAUGAUGGAACCCAAAUUGUCUUUGUGGUCUGUACUCACACAAAUCUCUGAAAAGUCAUUUUCCCUAAAUUGUUCAUUUCUAAUUACAAGUAAAACUAUUAAAAAGUGCUUUUUUUUUUUUUAAAGAAAAUGCUCUGUAUGAGAAAAUGAUGCUUCUGUAUCACCAUAGCCACCUACGAAUGUCACCAAAGGUUUUUAAAAUCAUCAGCACAGAGUUAAUAAACAAUUAUAUAUAAACUAGAUCUCCUUUUUUUUCCCUAAAAAAGCUUUUGUGUACGAUAAGAGAGAAAAGUCAAAAGUACAAAUGGCUGCUGGGGGAUUCAUCCUAUGAACCUUUCCCCUACACCUAGAUAGAUCUCCCCAUAGGAGUUUAUGUUUACCACUCUUAUGAUAUGGCAGGUUAAAAAGAAGCUGAUUCACUGAAUGUCUUAGAAUGGAGACGCUUUGAAAGUUGUAGAGUCUUAGGUCUCCAUUUACCAUCAGGCCUCAGUGAUGUAGGUUAAGGCUGAAGUGGUUAAGAGUUGGUUUGGUUGGGAUGAGUUCUCCACAAAUAAGAGAGUGGGGUGGUUUGCUGCUGGCAUUUGCCUUUACCACUAACCGACUAAUUGGAGCAAAGCCUACUUUUUAGCAAAGACAAAUAAAUUUAAUUUAGAACCUUUAGUCAACUGGUCUGCAGCACUUGGAACUCCAGCUUCUAAGGAUGUCUAUACAUGCAAAAUAUGAUUUGGCUGUAAAUGUUAUUUAUUAGCUGUAAAUAUAUGAGUGUGUGUGCGAGUGUGCAUGUGUGUGUAUGUAAAAGUAGUUUGUAUAUAUUGAUGAAAAUAUCAAGGCUAUCUGCAUUUAUAAACACAAGGUGCUAACUUUGUAAAUACUUUUUAAUAGUGACAUUGUCUCACUGAAGCAAAUUUAGCCUUAAGAAAUAAUGCCGUAGACUGAGCUUUUCAUUAAAGAGAACUUCUUAACUCUGUGAAAAAGUAAAACCUGCUUUUAAUAAAAAUGGACAAAAUUCUA